AUGGCUCGUGGAAUCGAUAUAUCGGAAAUAGACUGGGUGUUACAAUAUGAUCCUCCCAGUACAGCCAGCAGUUUCGUACACAGAUGCGGUAGAACUGCGAGAAUCGGUAAUGAAGGAAACGCAUUGCUAUUUCUUCUAGAAACAGAGAGUGCAUAUGUAGAUUUCAUUAAAAGAAACCAAAAAGUCGAACUGCGUCAAAUGGAAAGAGAAUUAAACGAGGAGACUGUUGAUGAAUGCUUACAGUGCAUGAGGCGGAUGCAACAAAGGGAUCGACUUAUGUUUGAUAAAGCCAAUCGUGCCUUCGUUUCAUACGUGCAGGCGUAUAAUAAACACGAAUGUAAUUUAAUUCUACAGUUAAAAGAUAUCGAUUUAGGAAAACUGGCGAUGGGUUUCGGUCUUUUGAGAAUGCCAAAAAUGCCGGAGCUCAAAGGGAAGAACGUAUCGUCUUUUAUUGGUCCUGAAAUUGAUGUAAACACGAUACCUUAUGUACACAAACAACGUGAAUUGCGCAGAAUUAAAAGAUUGAAUGAGUAUCGGAACACUGGUGUUUGGACAAAUAAUCAGAAUAGAUGUAAACAAAAACGAGCGGAAUCUUGGUCUGAAACCAAAAAGAGAAAACUCGAGAGACGAGAAAAACGAAGUAAACGAAAGGAAAGGAAGGAAUUGAAACAACAAUUUUUGACAAUUUCUAAUAAAAAGAAGAGAAAACGAAUAAGCGAGGAAGAUGUUGAACAAUUGGCGAAAGAUGUAGCAUUAAUAAAAAAAUUUAAGAAAAAGAAGAUAUCGCAAGAGGAAUUUGAUGCGGCUUUUCAAGUAUGA